CAAAUGAAAGUCGGACACAAAUAUAUAAUUUAAAUGAUUUAUUGAAGUUUGCAAUGUUUUGAACAGGCAUCCACACAGUCACCUACUUUGUAAUGUUCGAUACCUCCCUGUAAGCGUCACGAUAUCGGCCUCUCACCCACAACCUCACAUACGAGUACUGAAUGUGCAGCAAAGUGAUCUUAGGAAGGCAGAUAUAGCAAAAGAUGAACGUAAACGACAAACGAUGUUUCUUUCCUGGUAAGUCAACAAUGGGUCCUCAAUGUACACGCCCCGGAUUCCUAUGACGAAAAUAAUAGAAUGUCGCCAGUUGUCAUGACUCAACUUAUACUGCAACACCGGUCCCGCAUGCUGGCUCUUACGGAACCGACUAACUCCCCUUUUGUGUGAAAGGAUGGAGACCCACAGCCAGAUUCUGGACAGGUUGCGCUCGGCGUUUCGGUCGGGUAUCACGGUACCAGAGGCGUUCCGUCAAGCUCAGCUAAAACAGCUAAUGUCCCUGAUGACAGAAAAUGAAGAUCAGAUUUUAGAUGCACUGAAGAAAGACCUCUCCAAGCCGAAAUUUGAGUCCAUCAUAGCUGAGGUGGAUAUGGUGAUCAAUGAGCUGCACUUCACCAUCGCUAACCUGAACAGCUGGAUGCAGCCGGAGUACGUCAGCAAGAACCUGGCCACAAAGCUAGAUGAUUGUUUUGUGCGGAGGGAGCCGUUGGGGGUGGUGUUGAUCAUCGGCCCAUGGAACUACCCCCUGCAACUCCUCCUCUCACCUCUAAUCGCAGCCAUUGGUGCAGGUAUGGUCCACACCCGUAUCACCACAGUAUUACCAUAUUACAGUUUUCAAAGCAACUAA